CCAGUGAUUUCAUUUGAACUCCAACAUCAUGCCAAAUGAUUUGAAGGUAGGAUGACUGAUGCAUCGGUCUGAAGGACCUGCAUCUGUCUAUGUGCCGUCUGCCCAGGUAACAUCAUAAGCUGUGAUACCCACAGAAAAGCACAUGUUGUGAAUUUGCAGUGACGCUUUGCAUGGAAGCAUUGUCAUCGCCAUAAGAAGCCACUCUUCUACUAACAAUUCAGGCACAAUGAUUCUGCAUGCUUGUAUUUCCGGCUUAACCUUCAACUUAACAGCAGUGCAUGGCCUUUUCCUUAAGCAUCUAUCUUUAUUCAUGGGCACAACCUGUAAUAAUCUGCAGGAACACCAGUAAAAUGUAGCCUAAAUGUGAAAUUACGGUAACUCAAUUGCUCCUUCCUAGGAUGAUGAACCUCCAACCAAAGGGAAAAAGAAGAAAAAGAAGAAGAAGGAAGAGGAGAUAGACAUUGAUGUGGAUGACCCAGAAGUCAGCCGCUUCCAGUACCCCUUCCAUGAGCUCAUGGUCUGGGCAGUGCUGAUGAAGCGGCAGAAGAUGGCUCUCUUCCUUUGGCAACGUGGAGAGGAGACCAUGGCCAAGGCACUGGUGGCCUGCAAACUCUACAAAGCCAUGGCCCACGAGUCUUCAGAGAGCGAGCUGGUGGAUGACAUCUCUCAAGACCUGGACAACAACUCAAAAGAUUUUGGCCAGCUUGCUGUUGAGCUGCUGGAUCAAUCAUAUAAGCAUGAUGAGCAAGUAGCCAUGAAACUUUUGACAUAUGAGCUGAAAAACUGGAGCAACUCUACUUGCCUGAAACUUGCAGUGGCAGCAAAGCACAGGGACUUCAUCGCGCACACCUGCAGCCAGAUGUUACUGACAGACAUGUGGAUGGGGAGGUUGCGCAUGAGGAAAAAUCCGGGCCUUAAGGUUAUCAUGGGGAUCCUCAUACCUCCUACCAUCCUGUUCCUGGAGUUCCGUACCUCUGAUGACUAUUCCUACCAAACGUCAAAGGAAAAUGAAGUCGGGAAAGAAAAAGAAGAAGAAAAUGUGGUCAGUGGCAGCCCAUCUCUAUAAGCCUCUCAACACCAC